CUGUGGAGUACCCCAAAACAAUGCAUUGCUAAGAGUUUAGUUUCUACUCUUGUGCUUACCACAUACCUACUAAUCAUCAUUGAAAUUCAGUGCGUUGCAGAGAAAUGGACAAUACAUCAAAGCCAGCAAUGUUCCCUAAUCCAGUUAUAUUGCAGAGUGAGGGGUUACUGAAGUACAUAUUGGAAACAGGCGUUUACCCAAGAGAAGCAGAGACCCUCAAAGAGCUAAGAAAUGCAAAUGCAAAGCAUCCUCUGGGCUUCAUGGGUGCUGCACCUGAUGCGGGUCAGUUAAUAGCCAUGCUCUUGAAACUGUUGAAUGCUAAAAAGACAAUUGAAGUGGGAGUUUUUACUGGAUACUCUCUUCUCCUCACAGCACUCACCAUUCCUCAUGAUGGAAAGAUUAUAGCUAUGGAUCCAGACAGAAAAGCUUACGAGAUAGGACUACCAUUCAUUAAAAAGGCUGGUGUAGAACACAAGAUUGACUUCAUAGAGUCUCCAGCUUUACCAGUUCUUGAUAAACUCUUGGAAGAUGGUGCGAACGAAGGGAGUUUUGACUUUGGGUUCGUUGACGCUGACAAGAACAAUUACUGGAACUACCACGAGAGGCUUAUGAGAUUGGUGAAGAUUGGAGGGAUAGUUGCGUACGACAACACACUGUGGGGAGGAAGUGUUGCGUUGGCUGAAGAGUCGGUUUCAGAAGCCAAAAGAGAAUGGAGACGAUCAACACUUGCUUUCAACGAAGCCAUUUCAAAGGACUCUCGUCUUCAAAUUGCUUUUCUUUCCAUUGGUGACGGACUCAUUAUCUGCAUCCGUCUCCACUGAUUCUCCUCCCAAUCCAACACUCUUAUCUUGUCACCAAUAAUAUUAAUUUCAUUCACUAACAAGACACAAAUAUUAAUGUUUUAUAUACAUUUUUAACACUAUU